AUGAUGCCACUGCACCUGUCCACACUGACCGUACUCGUUCCCCUGAUGUCUCUUGCGGGGUUGUUGUAUUCUGCAGCAUUUGACGAGGAGUUUCCACAAGGUUGUACCAGUGCGGCCAGCGUCUGCUUCUACAGCCUGUUACUCCCCAUCACCAUUCCCGUCUAUGUGUUCUUCCACCUCUGGAAUUGGAUGGGGAUUAAGCUCUUCAGACACAACUAAUCCCAGCAUGAACCUCUCCUCUCUGAACUUCACCCUGCUGCUAAAAUGUUAGAGUGACAGAGUUUGUGCUUUGCUUUGAAAUGUUAAACCUCUUGGUUGUGAGUUGCUGGUUUUCAAGUUCACAUUUACUGUCAUUCAUAUGUAUACAGCUAAACAAAACAUUGUCUCUCUGGAGCCAAGGUGCAUACAUACAAGUUUAAUUAUCAUUAAACAGUGCAUGACUACAGCCAAACAGAACAGCAUUCCUCCAGGGCCAAGAAGCAAAACACAGUACCAGCAGCACAUAGCACAACAUGGGGCAGCAUGUACACCCAAUCACAAAGCAAUGGCAGCACAAGUCCCUGACUGACAAGGCCUGGAGUUUGACAGGCUGACGUAAAGUGCAAGGUGCAUUCUGUUUUCAGCAUCGACAAUGGCCUUGGUUAACUGGCUUCCCAGGGUGUGGUGUGUUUUUGUUUAUCAGUGUUGUCCCAAUGUUUAUUGCAUUGGUUCUGGUUUCAGUGUCCAGUUUGGGUUUCUUGUGGUCCUGCGAAUGUCGGACGGUUGUAUGUCUGACUGCCACCAGGGUCAGUGUCGCAGCUUGCUCUCUGCUGUCGGUGAUGUCAGGUGAAGAGGCGAUGGAUUAACCUCCCUGAUUUCAGCUGGGACUUGGAGUUGCUGAAUCCUCUGCUUUCUAAAGACGAAGCGGUGUCACCUAUAUUAACAUCUAUCCCAGAGCAAACAUCACCAGAACCAGCGAUCUGAUCUUCAUCACACCCAUCUUGCUCUGUGCAACUUGCAGCACAGGUCAGGCGCUGAGGUGCGAUGGAGGGAAGUGUUCCCCUACUGGGGAGGUUGUGGGGCCAUCGAUCAUUGCACAGAGUUCGGAGGUAAUGAACCGCGAAACCGACUAUCAUCCACUCUCAGGCCACAGGCACCAAACUCACACUGUUUGCCACGUUAUAUUAAAUAAAAGACAGUUUGAGCAAUCUCGGAUUUUAUUUUCAGAGUAGUUUGACUGUUCUGUAGUAGUUCCUGUCCUGGGUGUGGGGAGGGAGCCAGUGAGGUCUCCUAACUGCUCCUGUGAGAGAGGAAUUGAACCUGAUGUAAAGGGGGAAAAGCUGAGCAGAGCAGUGAGGGGGGGGCUUGUUUGGGGAGUUACUGCUUUCCCCCUGCCCAGCGUGUGUGCAAUCACUUCCUGAGAUUGUGCGUGGAGGCCUAGCAGUUGGUACAGCCUUGUUACAGAACCAUUGAUCGGGGUUCAACUCCCACCGCUGUCUGUCAGCAGUUUGUUCAUUCUCCCUGUGUCCGUGUGGGAUUUCAUCCGGGUGCUCUGGUGUCCAAGGACAUACAGGUUAGGUUUAGUGAGUUGUAGACCAGCUCUGUUGGCACCGGAAGCAGGGGGCAUUUGCGGGCUGCCCCCAGCAUGUCCUCAGACUGUUGUUGAUUGGUGACAAAAGAGGUUUUUUGAUGUACGUGUGACAAGUAAAGCUAAUCUUUAAAAUCAGCCAAGGUGAAGCAGAUUUGAUUGUCUGAAUUUUCUCCUUUGGGAUAUGCCCGAGCCCUUGUCUGCAAAUAAAGGUUUGGCCGUUUAGAAGCUGACAUUUUAAGCAGCCAGCUCUCUCCCGCACCCGCCAAUACUUUCCUCCAAUCACCUUUAAAUGAUGCCCCCUUGGAUUAACCAUUUCCACCCUGGGAUUAAGUCUCCAGCUGUACGCUUGAUCUAUACCUCUUGCACAUUAGAGUCAGGUUUAGUAUUACUGUCAUAUGUUGUGAAAUGUGUUGUCUUUGCGUCAGCAGUAAAAUGCAAUAUAUAAUAGAAAAAAUUGAAUGACAGUAACUAUAUAUAUUAAGUAAGUAGUGCAAAAACAAAUUUUAAAGUAGUGAAUUGGGUUCAAUGUCCAUUGAGAAAUUCGAUGGCAGAGGGGAAGAAGCUGUUACUGAAUCGUUGAGUGUGGGUCUUCAGGUUCCUGUACCUCCUUCCUGAUGGUAGCAAUGAGAAGAGGGCAUGUCCUGGGUGAUGGGGGUCCUUAAUGACGGACACCACCUUUCCGAGGCGCGGCUCCUGGGUGGUGAGGAGGCUGGUGCCUGUGGUGGAGCUGACUGAGUUUACAACUCUGCACCUUAAUUUGAUCCUGUGCCGCAAUAACCCCCCCACCCCAUAUCAGGUGGCAUUGCAGCCUAUUAGAAUGCUCUCCAUGGAAUUUCUGUAGAAAUUUGUGAGUGUUUUUGGUAACAAACUCCUAAUGAAACAAAGCCAUAACUCUGCUGUCUUUGUAACUGCACGGAUAUGUUAUGUCCAAGAUAGAGAUCUCGACACCCAGGAACUUGAAACUGCUCACUCUCUCCACUCCUGAUCCCUCUAUGAGGACUGGUAUGUGUUCCCUCAUCUCACCCUUUCCAAACUCCAUCAUUAGUUCUUUGGUCUUAGUGAUGUUGAGUGCAAGGUUGUUGCUGCGACACCACUCAAUUCUGUGAACGAAUCAAUUAUUUUAAUAAAAUUAAGCUUUAGAUCUGAA